GGGUGGGAGAUGCAACAAUGUCCUUGAGAACAGCAGGUGGUGGUAUUUCUCUGGUGGUCUUUCUCUGGUCUGUAGCAGUGGUACUGAGUCAGAAUGUCUGGAGUGUUACAUACACCACUCAGAGGAUCUGUACCUUGAAGGGGUCAACAGUGGAGAUGUCCUGCUCUAUCAGAUAUCAAAGGUGGCAUAAAGUCACAAGAACCUUCUGGUUCACCAAAAUGUAUGAUGUGGAGAAUUAUGUAAAUCUGAGAAAGGACCCAGACUACAAAGGUCGUGUGACGUACCGUAGUGAUAAGACGAAUGGCCACACCCUGAGAAUCACAGACCUGAGAGAGAGUGACUCAGCUACGUACAAAUUCAGAUUCAUAACAGAUCAGACCAGAGGGAGAUAUACUGGUGAUCCUGGAGUCACUCUGUCUGUUACAGGUCUUCAGGUGAAGGUGACUGGUGGACAUCAGGAUAAGACACUGACCUGUAGCACCACCUGUACUCUGACUGACAACCCCACCUACAUCUGGUACAAGAAUGGACAACAUCUAGAUGAGAGCACCUCCCCCCAGUACAAAGACUCAGUCUCCAGUAACUAUGAAGACAGUUACUCCUGUGCUGUAAAAGGCCAUGAGAAUCUCCUCUCUCCUGCAGUUUAUGGACCAAGGAACACCUCAGUGUCAGUCAGUCCCUCUGGUGAAAUAGUGGAGGGCAGUUCAGUGACUCUGACCUGCAGCAGUGAUGCCAACCCACCUGUCCAGAGUUACACCUGGUGGUACAAGAAGAAUGGAGGUGACUAUCAGAGUAUGACAGGACCACAGCAUGUCUUCAGUCAAAUCCAGUCAUCUGACACUGGAGAGUACUACUGUGAGUCCCAGAAUGAGAUGGGGACAGACUGGUCUAGGACCAUUAACAUGGAUGUGAAGUAUGGCCCAAAGAACACCUCAGUGUCAGUCAGUCCCUCUGGUGAAAUAGUGGAGGGCAGUUCAGUGACUCUGACCUGCAGCAGUGAUGCCAACCCACCUGUGGACAAAUACACCUGGUACAAGAAGAACGUAACCUCACCAAAAGCAUCAGGACAGAGUUACACCAUCCAUAACGUCAGCUCUGAGGACAGAGAGGGAUACUACUGUGAGGCUCUGAACAUUAUAGGGAGAGAGACUAUCCCUGUCCAUAUUAAUGUUACAUAUCCUGCAGCAGUGUUUUCCUGGGUUCCUGUGAUGGGGGUGGGGGCUGUUCUGACUGCUGGAGCUCUGCUACUCACCAUCUACUGCUAUAUGAAGAGGAGAUCCACAGGAGAAAGUGAUGCCACAGCAGACACACAGAGUUUCCAUCCUGAUCCUAACAGUGAGACGUACACAGCUCUGAACAUGAAGACCAGGUCACCAGAGUACGACACCCUGGCGAAUGUGAGGGACUUCGCAGUGACACAGCCCCUCAAAUAGACACUUAGCCCUCCAAUUAUGAAAACUUCAGAGAACCAUCACAGAACCUGGACUGAAGAGAACCACCACAUAACCUGGAUUGAAGAGCUACAGCAUCAAACCAAAGCUAGGCCUCACAAUGCUAUUCACGUACUAUCAUAUUGCUUUCUUAUCUAUUAGGUUUUCCAGACAAUGACCUUUAACUUUUGAGUGAAUGCUGGAAUUUAGAUUGUUCUCCUAAUGAUAAAUACAGUUUGUAUAUAGAUGAUAAAUACAGUAUGUAUAUAGAUGAUCAAUACAGUAUGUAUAUAGAUGAUCAAUACAGUAUGUGUAUAGAUGAUCAAUACAGUAUGUAUAUAGAUGAUAAAUACAGUAUGUGUAUAGAUGAUAAAUACAGUAUGUAUAUAGAUGAUAAAUACAGUAUGUAUAUAGAUGAUCAAUACAGUAUGUGUAUAGAUGAUCAAUACAGUAUGUGUAUAGAUGAUCAAUACAGUAUGUGUAUAGAUGAUCAAUACAGUAUGUGUAUAGAUGAUCAAUACAGUAUGUGUAUAGAUGAUAAAUACAGUAUGUAUAUAGAUGAUAUAUACAGUAUGUAUAUAGAUGAUCAAUACAGUAUGUAUAUAGAUGAUAUAUACAGUAUGUGUAUAGAUGAUAUAUACAGUAUGUAUAUAGAUGAUCAAUACAGUAUGUGUAUAGAUGAUAUAUACAGUAUGUGUAUAGAUGAUCAAUACAGUACGUAUAUAGAUGAUCAAUGGAAUAGAUUAUGCUUCUGCUCUUUUUCUAUAAGAUUUUGCCAUUUCCAGAUUUGAUUACAUUUCACGUCGAAAUAUGUUGAACUAUUCAUUAGCUCUGCUCCUUCAGGGUAGCAGUAAACUAUACCACUCCCCCAGCAGGAACACAGAACCUAACAGGUGGAGGCUGGGGUGGUGGGAGGAGCUAAAAGCCAGCUCAUAAUAGCAGCAAGUGGCAGCAGGAUGAGUGAGCAGACCUGGUCAUCCUAAAUAGACUGCCAAAUAAGGUAGGCGUAUGUCACGCCUUGACCUUAGUUAUCUUUGUUUUCUUUAUUAUUUUGGUUAGGUCAGGGUGUGACAAGGGUGGUUUGUUUAGUUUUUGUAUUGUCUAGGGGUUUUUGUAUGUCUUGGGGUAUUUCUAGUCUAGGAGUUUAUAUGUCUAUGGUUGCCUAGAUUGGUUCUCAAUCAGAGGCAGCUGUUUAUUGUUGUCUCUGAUUGGGGACCAUAUUUAGGUAGCCAUAUUCUUCUGAUAUUUUGUGAGUUGUUAUUCUAUGUUCAGUUGCCUGUUUUGCACUAGCCAUAUAGCUUCACGGUUCGUUUUGUUGUUUUGUAUAGUUUUGUUCAGUGUUCUCUCUUUCACUAAAGAGUUAUGUACGCUUACAA